CCUAGAAACCCAGUCGUAUUUUUAACGUUGUACCCUUCAUUUGUGAUAUUUAUUCCUUUUGAUUACUUUUAUUUUAAUUUUUUUAUAUUAACUAAAUAAUUAUGUGUCGUAUAAUUCUCGAAGACGACAUCUCACCUAACGAACGAAUUUUGCAAAAUGCGUAAGUGUUAGUAAUUUUAAAUUAUUUUGAUAUAUAUUUAUAUAUACAUAUUUUUUUAUUCAGUGAGAUAAUUGAGCCGCCGGUCGUUCGGUCAGCUAACCCUGACACUAUAAUUUAUUCAAGACGGUUGCAUCAAGAAUAUUCACUUAUAAAUAAUUCAGGUCAUAUCCUCAAAAGAGGAUAUGGUCAGCACAUGCGAGAUCGGUUUCUGUACGGUGUAAUGUAGAAAUGAGAGUUUUGUGUAUGUUGAUGCGUGAAAGUCAUUAUGAUCGAUCGAUUCCUGAAGAUGAGGUUAUAAUUCAACUAUCGUUUCGUGAGUUAUUACACUCAUCUAGAACGAUCAGGAGGUAUACCCAGUAUAUCAUUAUGCAGUUACUAUAUGGACUCAGGCGAAUUGCGAUUUUUGAUUCCGAACGCAUUAGGGAAAAAUUAAAAAUGGAUUGGACGUUAAAUGUCCUAACCAUUCUUACCUACUUAGAUUUCGACUUCGACACUUCUCGUUUUAUACUACAUAGAAUAAGAAACCUGAACUAAAAAUGAACUUAUAAAUAAUAUUUUCCUUAUUACCAUACAUCAGUUUAUAUUAUUUCAGAAAAACUAUAUGCUCACUAUCUUUACUAACAUAAUAUCUAUUUUCACCUAGCAUCGUGUUUCUCUAAAUAGUUGAAAAAAAAAA